UUCAGUAGACUGCGAUCAACAGUUCAAGUUUUCAGAAAAGGCAAACAAGAUACACGAAGAGGAAAAAUCACGAGAAGACGUUCAGGACAGCAUGGCUCUCGUAUUCAGAUUUCCAAGCUAUCACCCAUACAGCUACUACAACCGAGCUCCCAGAGGCCAUGACUUUUUCCACGAUCUAUGGAAAGAGAUCGCCCGCUCUUACGAACAGGAAGCAGGAAAUUCUCAUCAGGGACCAACAAAGAUCGCCUCUGUACCGCUGAGUCAUUACAAACCUGAAGAAAUCUCGCUUGAGGUGGAUAACGAAAAGGUCAUCUUACAUGGAUUGCAUCAGUUCGAACGAGAAGAUGGAUUCGAGAAAAGCGAGUUCAAGAGAGUCUUCAAGCUUCCUCAGGGUAUUGAUCCAAAAACAGUCAAGUCACGCGCUAGCCAAGAUGGGCAGGCUCUAAUAAUCGAGGGCACCAAACCCGAGGAGGAAGAAGCUGACGAUGGCAAAUUUCGGGCCAAGUUGGAUGUCAGUGGUUUUAAACCAGAAGAGAUCAAGAUCCAACUCCACGGAAAUGAGUUGAACAUCACUGGGAAACACAUCUCAGAGCGUGACGAUUUUUAUCUGUCACGCGAUCACAGCCGUCGUAUUGUGCUGCCAAAAGACGUGAUUCUUUCCACGGUGACCUCACGCUUGUCAAAAGAAGGCCUAUUGACCAUAGAAGCAUCACGUGAUCCAGCUUUGCUGCCGCAGGAGAGAUCCGUUGACAUCACCAUGGAAACAGAUGAAGGAUUCCAGCAAAUGGGCGAGGAACCAAAAGCGGAGACGAGCGUUGAUGCGGAUGAAACUGCCAACUAGUGAUGGAGACUUUGACAAGAACGAAUUAGCUGAAACUUUUAAGCUAUCGCUGAAUUUACUUUAACUGCAGCUGAGUGUGAUUGCUUAGAACACUCAAUUCGAGAGUACGCAGUUUUUACAUAGCAUUGUAAUGAUCAUAUAAACUACCAUGAUUACCCUGUAACUCAGUUCUUUCCAGUUGGAACUGUGACAAAUGAAGAGUAAAGCAAAUAUAAGGAUAUAAUUAAGUUUUGUAGUACUUCAAAGUUUUUUGAUACGUUUAUAGUUUACCUACUGCUCUUUGCUAGCAUUAAACUACAAAAGUGAAUUAAUAAAAUAAAUGCAGGCUUGUUAGUUUACAA